AUGACGUCGCUGUUCGUCCACUCGAGAGUUUUGUUCCCGCCGCAUUCGGGCCUUUCUCGCAGCAAUCCCGCUCAUCUAAGCAAGCAUCCACUCUCCACCUCCUCCUCCGUCCGCUUCAGUUCAUGUGCAAAGCGACAUCAAACUGUGUCAACACGCUGCACCGCCAGCAGCAGCGGCGGCAGCAGCGGCAGCAACCCACCAUCCUCCACUCCAGCCUCCAGUUCGGACGUGCGCACGUGCCGCAACUGCAAGCAGCCAUUCAGUCCCGCUGACAACCACCCCAUGGCCUGCAGACACCACACGGCACACUAUGGGGGUGAAACAAAGCGCAAGUUUGAGAGUGUGUACACGGGUGGGACAAUGAACACAGUGGGAGGAGGUGAGAUCACGGCGUACUGGCAUUGCUGUGGCGCCACCGACCCCUUUGAUCCAGGCUGUGUGGCAGGGCCACAUGAGACUUACGAUGACUGA